AUGAUGGUUUUUAAGUCAGGGAGAGGUCUGACGAAUGUCCCGUCAGUGUAUCUAGAUGAAGCACAAGUGGAAAGAGUGAAAGAGUUCAAGUACCUUGGACAUAUGCUCGCGGAGGGUCUGCUUGAUGAUGACGACAUUGAGGGCUUUGGCCGUGCAGUGCAACAUGCUUUCGCAUUCACGAGACGCGCGAUGAAUAAAAUUAGAGUGCAGUAUAAUGACGCAUACCGCAUUCUAAUGAAACUACCGAAAAACUGCAGCGCGUCGACCAUGUUUGCUGAGGCCGAAGUCCCUGAUUUUUUUGCUAUCAUUCGCUCCCGCAUCGCUUCCUUCUGGAGCCGCCUAAGAACGUCUGGCAACAGUAUUCUCCGUGAGCUGUCCGGGUAUCUGGACAAUCCUAUACGUAAAUACUGGAUUUCUGUGCACCGUAAGAGGAACAGGAAGUGA